AUGCUAGUGAAGGCGGCAUGCACAAAUGAAGUGACACAGCGGUGGACGGCAAGUCUGGGCUACACGCGCACAGGAGUGUCCCCCACCCUUGUGCGACUGGCGCAGAAGUCAGCCACUGAGGCCAGGUGGAGGCCAUCCUGGUUGUCGCCAGGUGGUCUGGCAAACGUGCUCUUGACCGGUCUGGGCUUCACGUGGAAGCGGCUCCUCAAAUGGAGGCGGCAUAUCUCAGGCCGGAAGCUCACCGUGGAAUUUUCGAGCCCUGCCUAUCUCUCCGAGUCAGCCCGGUUGGCCAGCGAGCAGUUGCCCUGUCGGGUGCUCGCUUUUUACUUGGUCACAGCUGUGAGAGACCCUCGGAGGGAGGCUUUGCUGCACAAGCAGUGGUGCAGGGAUCACAGCAUCGUGGGGAGAGUCUGGGUUUCGUCCAGGGGCAUCAACGCGCAGGUCAGCGGACGCACCGCAGACUGCGUCCAGUACGCGCACUUCGUGGCCGGAAGAUUUCCAGGGGUCAAAGGAGCAAAGGCCAAAGGUGCUUCGUUGCUCUGCAAACUGGAUCCCGUCCUCGAGCCUGCAUUUCCGCGCUUGCGGGUGAAGGCGAAGAAGCUGAUCUCCUUGGCCCCAGAGCUGGAUCGGAGCCUGGACAUGGAAGAUCGAGGGCAGGACCUGGAGCCUGGCGAGUGGCAACGACGCAUGCAAGGCCUCGAGUCGGGCAAGCCCGGCAAGGUCCUCGAUAUUCGGAACAACUACGAGUGGGACCUGGGCCACUUCGCACCUGCGAAGCGCCCUGGAACUGAGGAGCUGGUGGAGAUGAGUCCCUCCUCAUUGGGUUUGACCUCUGAGGACAAGGACACUCCGCUGUACAUGUAUUGCACUGGUGGGAUACGCUGCGAGUUCUUUGGCGCCGCCUUGCGAAAGAAAGGUUUUCGUCAGGUGUACAAGCUGAAGGGCGGAGUGCAGCACUAUGGAAACACUGUGGGUGAUGAGGGCUGGAAGGGCCGCCUCUUCGUCUUUGACCGCCGGAACUCUGUGGCGGUUGGGCUGGAAGGCUCCGCCAGCCAGCUGGCCUGCCCCAUCUGCGGUGGGGGAGUGGUGGAGGAGUUCUGGAACUGCGCCAACCUCGACUGCAACAGGCGGGUAGUCGCCUGCCGGGCGUGUGCAGAACGACUCCUGGGUUGCUGCCAGGAGUGCCGACACAGGCAAGGCCAGUAG